UCCCGGGCGGAGUGGGGAUACUGUCAGCGCGCACACCGGAUACUUUCUGACUGAGCGCCGAAAGCUGAGAGUUGCAGAGCGCCACAGCGGUGUUAUCCUUCUUGUUUCAAUAGCAAGCAAACGUGUACAUUCUCAGGUCGUGCUGAGAUGGUAGAUUAUCACGCCACAAAUAAUCAAAAUCAGCAAUAUCCCUCCGGUGGACCACCGACAUACAUGGAACAGGAAAAUGAUUGGGAUCGGGACCUGCUUCUCGACCCGGCCUGGGAGAAACAGCAGAGAAAGACAUUCACGGCCUGGUGCAACUCCCACCUGAGGAAAGCCGGCACGCAGAUCGAGAACAUCGAGGAGGACUUCAGAGAUGGGCUCAAGCUCAUGCUCCUGCUGGAGGUCAUCUCGGGGGAGAGGUUACCCAAGCCAGAGAGAGGCAAGAUGAGAGUCCACAAGAUCAACAACGUCAACAAAGCCCUGGACUUCAUUGCCAGCAAGGGAGUCAAGCUGGUGUCCAUCGGUGCUGAGGAAAUCGUCGACGGAAACGCCAAGAUGACCCUGGGCAUGAUCUGGACCAUCAUCCUGCGCUUCGCCAUCCAGGACAUCUCUGUGGAGGAGACCUCUGCGAAGGAGGGGCUGCUGCUGUGGUGUCAGAGGAAAACUGCUCCUUACAAGAACGUCAACGUGCAGAACUUCCACAUCAGCUGGAAGGAUGGCCUGGCCUUCAAUGCUCUGAUCCACAGACACAGGCCUGAACUCAUCGACUAUGAGAAACUGAGAAAGGAUGAUCCCGUGACUAACCUGAACAAUGCCUUUGAGGUGGCAGAGAAGUACCUGGACAUUCCCAAAAUGUUGGAUGCAGAAGACAUCGUGGGCACCCUGCGGCCCGACGAGAAGGCCAUCAUGACAUACGUGUCCUGCUUCUAUCACGCCUUCUCGGGUGCGCAGAAGGCUGAGACCGCUGCCAAUCGGAUCUGCAAGGUGCUGGCGGUCAACCAAGAGAAUGAGCACCUGAUGGAGGACUAUGAGAAGCUGGCCAGCGAUCUUUUGGAGUGGAUCCGGCGCACUAUCCCCUGGCUGGAGAACCGCGCCCCGGAGAAGACCAUGGCGCAGAUGCAGCAGAAGCUGGAGGACUUCCGUGACUACAGGCGGGUGCACAAGCCGCCCAAGGUGCAGGAGAAGUGCCAGCUGGAGAUCAACUUCAACACCCUGCAGACCAAGCUGAGGCUCAGCAACCGGCCCGCCUUCAUGCCCUCCGAGGGCCGCAUGGUGUCGGACAUCAAUGGGGCGUGGCACAACCUGGAGGGGGCGGAGAAGGGCUAUGAGGAGUGGCUGCUGAACGAGAUUCGCCGCCUGGAGAGGCUGGACCACCUGGCUGAGAAGUUCCGCCAGAAAGCCGCCAUCCACGAGUCCUGGACUGACGGUAAGGAGGCCAUGCUGACGCAGAAGGACUAUGAGACCGCCUCCCUCUCCGAGGUGAAGGCCCUGCUGAAGAAGCACGAGGCCUUCGAGAGCGACCUCGCCGCUCACCAGGACCGCGUGGAGCAGAUCGCCGCCAUCGCACAGGAGCUCAAUGAGCUGGAUUACUACGACUCUGCCAGUGUGAACAGUCGCUGCCAGAAGAUCUGCGACCAGUGGGACGCCCUGGGGUCUCUGACCCAGAGCCGCAGGGAAAAUCUCGAGAGGACAGAGAAGCAGCUGGAGUCCAUCGACGAGCUGUACCUCGAGUACGCCAAGAGGGCGGCGCCAUUCAACAACUGGAUGGAAGGCGCAAUGGAGGACUUGCAGGACAUGUUCAUCGUGCACAACAUUGAGGAGAUCCAGGGCCUGAUCAGUGCACACGAGCAGUUCAAAUCCACCCUCCCGGAGGCCAACAAGGAGAGGGAGGCCAUCCAGGCCAUCCAGGCGGAGGUGCAGAAGAUCGCCGACUACAACGGCAUCAAGCUGAGCGGCAACAACCCCUACACCGCCAUCACACCCAAGAGCAUCGACAGCAAGUGGGCCAAGGUGGAGCAGCUGGUGCCUCAGCGCGACCAGGCCCUGCAGGAGGAGCUGGGCCGGCAACAGUCAAACGACCACCUGCGCCGCCAGUUUGCCAACCAGGCUAACAUCGUGGGGCCGUGGAUACAGAACAAGAUGGAGGAAAUUGGGCGGAUAUCUAUCGAGAUGAACGGAACCCUGGAGGACCAGCUGACCAACCUGAGGCAGUACGAGCAGAGCAUCAUCGAGUACAAGCCCAACAUCGACCAGCUGGAGGGAGACCACCAGCUCAUCCAGGAGGCCCUGAUCUUCGACAACAAGUACACCACCUACACUAUGGAGCACCUGCGUGUGGGCUGGGAGCAGCUUCUCACCACCAUCGCCCGCACCAUCAACGAGAUCGAGAACCAGAUCCUCACCCGGGACGCCAAGGGCAUCAGCCAGGAGCAGCUCCACGAGUACCGCGCCUCCUUCAACCACUUCGACAAGGAUCACAGUGGGGCCCUCAUGGCAGAGGAGUUCAAGGCAUGCCUGAUCAGCUUGGGCUACGAUGUAGAGAACAACAAACAGGGCGACGCAGAGUUUGCGCGCAUCAUGGGCAUCGUUGACCCCAACAACAGCGGUGCGGUGACCUUCCAGGCCUUCAUCGACUUCAUGUCCCGGGAGACCACCGACACGGACACGGCCGACCAGGUCAUCGCCUCCUUCAAGAUCCUGGCCGGAGACAAGAACUACAUCAUGGCGGAGGAGCUGAGGCGGGAGCUGCCCCCGGACCAGGCGGAGUACUGCAUCGCCCGCAUGGCGCCGUACGCGGGGCCCGACGCCGUGCCCGGGGCCCUGGAUUACAUGUCCUUCUCCACCGCGCUCUACGGGGAAAGCGACCUCUAAGGGCCGGGCCGGGCAGAGGCUGGGGGUAGAGGGAGACCAAGGGGCCACACAGAGCAGUCUGCACCCCUCCUCAGUUUUGGCUUAGCCUGCUGUGAUUGGGUGGUGUGGAGACCAGGGGGGCGGGGGGGGGGGGGGGAGAGUGUGUAGAGCCAUUGGCUGGUGGUUUAGCUCAUUUGCAUAUUGGGUGUGCAGAGGCCUGCAGCAGGUGUAGAAUCCUGGGAAAUGGAUGCCGACUGCUCUACGCCGUGAGUCCGAUCCGUGCUCCCCUACCUCUUAAAGGAGGGAACAGGCUAUACUGAUGCUACUUUUUUGUUUUCGUUUUAUUUUAUUUUUUUUGCCGGGUGGGAAGGGGGAGGGGGCGGGGUCAUCAAAGGGGCGGGGCAUAUAGAGAAGUGCGCAGUAAGGAGCACAGAGAGAGCUAUAUAGAAGGAUUGGUUUAAACAGAGAGAAAUAACAUGGAUCCUCUUAACCUAUUUUGCUGGAAAAAAGCGGAACUUGGAUAUCUAACCUCAACUUUUUCUUUCUUUUUUUUUAGUAUUUGCUUUUUCCCUCCAGCAAAUGUGAGUUAACCGGUUCAGCGCUGUACAUACUUAUUUUUCCAAUUUACACAAAAAAAUGAGUACAUUACGGUUGCAGGCCUUUAGAGCUUCAGCAAAAGAGUCCUAUCAAAUCAUGGAAUACGAAAAGCACACUUUCACAAUGAGCCCAGUACCGUAGAUAGGUUUGAGUCCCCAUUUGGACCUUUUCUUUUUUUCCUUUUUUUUUCUUUUUUUUCUUUUAAAGCCUUGUGAGAGUUUCAAAAAAAUGUCAUUGAACAAUGUCAUAAUUGAGAAGAAGAAGAAAAAACCUCUGUCAAGUGAAUCCAACUGAAAUAGCGAAUUGUGAAAUCAGAGGAGUACUAACAAUGUGCCUGUGUGUUUUUUGGGGCUUACAAACCCUGCUUAUUUCUCAUCCUUCUCUGUGUCUCCAUCUCUCUGUCACGUAAGUGGAGUGUGUGUGGCUGCAAAAGGGGAAAACAGAUUCUUAUUAAACAUUCCAUUAUGUCUUAAUAAUAUAAGGAAAUUACUGUCUGAUCUAUGCAAUCGAUUUUCAGUUCAUAGUCUAUAUAUAUUCUAUUCUAUCACCGGAAAAUAUGGGGGGGAAAAAUACAGUGGGGGAAAUUGAAACUUCAGCUUAGAAAUGGAGUAAAUGAGAUGCUUUGAAAUGAAUGUGUGAUGUUUUAUGAAUGGGGAGUUAAGGGGGGAGGGGAUGGGGGAAGCUCUUGGGAGAGGGACCCAAAAUGAGAAUACUUGGACCAAAAGCUUGUUCUCUUUUUCCGCAAGGUUACAAAGUAUUGAACUUUGGAAUUGUUUUUUUUUGUACUCUUUAUAAUAUCAAACCUUAUCUGCUGUACUGGCAACUACAAAACAGCCUUCUGUCUCUUAAUGAAAAUGAAUUUCACGUGCACACAUAAAAUUUCCUUAUAAAACAUUA